GUGGUGUCGGCCGCAGCCAACGAGCAGGGCGAGGAGGCGGGCGGCAGGUGCUGGCUGCGGGGUGCUGCGCUCUACUCGCCGCCCCCCUUCCGCUCUGCCGGGCCGAUCGACGCUCUCCUCACGGGCAGCCCGGGGCCGCCGCCGCUACCGAGGGGGACCGCCCGCGGGCCCAGGCAUUGCUGCUGUACUAGAAAUAUGGGGUCGGAAAACCCAAGUCCGCAGAACCCUGGCUGUAAGAUCAUGACCUUUCGUCCCACCCUUGAGGAGUUUCGGGACUUUGGGAAAUACAUUGCUUACAUUGAAUCGCAAGGAGCUCACCGAGCAGGACUUGCCAAGGUGAUUCCUCCCAAGGAAUGGAAGCCCCGAAAAACCUACGAUGACAUAGAUGACAUGGUUAUCCCAGCUCCUAUUCAGCAGGUGGUUACUGGACAGUCGGGGUUAUUCACCCAGUAUAAUAUACAGAAGAAACCCAUGACUGUGGGAGAAUACCGGCGUCUGGCUAAUAGCGAGAAGUAUUGUACUCCACGCCAUCAAGAUUUUGAAGACUUGGAGCGCAAGUACUGGAAGAACCUUACAUUUGUGUCACCAAUUUAUGGAGCUGAUAUCAGUGGCUCACUAUAUGAUGCAGACGUGGAAGAAUGGAACAUUGGCAAUCUGAACACCCUCUUAGACAUGGUGGAACACGAGUGUGGCAUUAUCAUAGAAGGUGUAAACACUCCCUACCUCUACUUUGGGAUGUGGAAGACAACAUUUGCUUGGCAUACAGAGGACAUGGAUCUCUACAGUAUUAACUACUUGCAUUUUGGGGAGCCAAAAUCCUGGUAUGCCAUACCUCCAGAACACGGCAAGAGAUUGGAACGCCUGGCGAAAGGAUUUUUUCCAGGAAGCUCUCAGGGAUGUGAUGCUUUCCUCCGUCACAAGAUGACCCUUAUUUCGCCCUCAAUCUUGAAGAAGUAUGGUAUUCCUUUUGACCGGAUCACCCAGGAAGCUGGAGAGUUUAUGAUUACAUUUCCUUAUGGUUACCAUGCUGGCUUCAAUCACGGCUUCAACUGUGCUGAGUCUACCAACUUUGCCACUUUGCGAUGGAUUGACUAUGGAAAAAUGGCAACCCAAUGUACUUGCCGCAAAGACAUGGUGAAGAUUUCCAUGGAUGUCUUUGUGAGGGUUCUGCAACCAGAACGUUACGAUUUAUGGAAACAAGGAAAAGACAUUGCUGUCCUGGACCAUAUGAAACCCACGGCUCUGACUAGCCCAGAACUAGAUGCCUGGAAUGAGACAAAGGCAGAGUUGAAGGCUAAAUUGCUUCGCAGGAUAGGAGAUGAGGAAGAGGACAACAAACACCGGUCUCACAGAAAAAGAAGUCAACCCAGAAGACAUAAAACAGAGGAUCAGAAGUCUCUUGGGGAUGUCAUGGCUAUUGAAACUGCCUUGGAAGACGUGAAAGUAAAAGAGGAGCUGAAAAGAGGGACAGAUCUAGAGGAAGAGGAGAGAAGCAAAGUGAUUGAGGGAGGAGAAGGUGACUGCAAAGUAAAGGCCCGUCCUCCGAAAGUAAAAAGUGAGAGGAAGAAGAAGCACCUUUUCCAUCAGCAUCAGCACCAUCUGCAAGCACCUCAGCCUCCGCUGCAGCAGCAGCCACCGCCGCUGCCACCACCGCCUGCACCACAGCAGCAGCUGGCAGGGGACAAGGCGCCAGCCCCACGGCCACCGGCACCCCCAGCAGUACCCACGUCAUCCACAGCAGAAAAGAGCUUGCCUCCAGCUCCCCUGAACAUUAUCCAGCCCUCAGAGGCACCCAUCGAGGAAGAUGACUUCAAACCUCGGCCGAUCAUUCCCAUGCUCUACGUGGUUCCACAGACCAAAAAGGUGGUGUUUGACAAGGAGCGCAUGUCCUGCCAGCAGGCGUUUGAGCAGUUCGCCACGCAAAAGAGUCCAAGUUGGCGGGAGCAGGCGGUCCCUAUGGAAAUCCCUGUGAAGGAGGAGGAGAACGCAGAAGCAGAAAACACAGAGGUCGCUACGGAGACUGCUUCUGCUUUUUCAAAAAUGAAAAUGGAGAUUAAAAAGAGUCGUCGUCAUCCCCUGGGCAAGCCACCAACCCGCUCCCCAUUGUCAGUGGUGAAACAGGAGACCUCGAGUGAUGAGGAAACAUUUCCAUUUUCUGGGGAGGAAGAUAUGAGCGACCCAGAGGCUCUGAAAUCUUUACUUUCCCUCCAGUGGAAGAAUAAAGCACAUAAUUUCCCAGCUGAAAGAAAAUUCAAUGCAGCUGCUGCCCUGAGUGAGCCAUACUGUGCUGUCUGUACUCUCUUCUACCCAUAUAACCAGUCCUUACAGAUGGAUAAAGAAGCUGUCCCGGUCUCCGCAGGGGAGACCACCUCCUUCAUCCACCUUUCUAAGUGUGGACAAAAGACGAAGCCUCUGAUCCCGGAGAUGUGCUUUACCUCAAGUGGAGAAAACACAGAGCCUCUUCCUUCAAAUUCAUAUAUCGGAGAGGAUGGAACCAGUCCCUUGAUAUCCUGUGCCAAAUGCUGCCUGCAGGUUCAUGCUAGCUGUUAUGGAAUACGUCCAGAUUUGGUGAAUGAAAGUUGGUCUUGCUCACGGUGCUCAGCCAAUGCAUGGGCAGCGGAAUGUUGCUUGUGUAAUCUCAGGGGAGGAGCUCUUCAGAUGACCACUGAUGGGCAGUGGAUCCAUAUAAUCUGUGCUAUUGCUGUCCCCGAGGCCCGUUUUCUCAAUGUAAUAGAGCGUCAUCCUGUGGAUAUCAGUGCUAUUCCAGAGCAGAGAUGGAAACUGAAAUGCGUGUACUGUCGGAAACGGAUGAAGAAAGUGUCUGGUGCCUGCAUCCAGUGCUCCUACGAGCACUGCUCCACGUCCUUCCAUGUGACCUGUGCGCACGCAGCCGGAGUGCCCAUGGAGCCAGAUGACUGGCCUUAUGUCGUGUCCAUCACUUGCUUCAAACACAAAGCAGCUAACCAGAAUAUUCAGUUUCGAAGGGAGGUGACCCUUGGACAGACUGUGAUCACAAAGAACCGGAACGGACUCUACUACAGAUGUAAAGUAAUCGGCAUGACGACACAGACUUUCUAUGAAGUGAACUUUGAUGAUGGUUCAUACAGUGACAACGUUUACCCAGAAAGCAUUAUUAGCAGAGACUGUAUCCAAAUGGGACCCCCUCCAGAGGGUGAGUUGGUUCAACUGCAGUGGACAGAUGGAAUCAUUUAUAAGGCCAAGUUUAUUGCAGCCCAGAUCAGUCAGAUUUACCAGGUCGAGUUUGAAGACGGUUCCCAACUAAUGGUAAAGCGUGGUGAUAUUUAUACCUUGGAGGAAGAGCUCCCCAAGAGAGUGAAGUCUCGCCUGUCCCUCAGCACUGGGGCCCCUCAGGAAGAUGUGUUUUCGGGAGAUGAAGUGAGAGCAGCCAAGCGCCCCCGGCUGGGGAAUUCAAGAAAUCCCGAAGAAUACGGACAAAACGCAGAUUACUUGGCCUUUAUGGAGAGCCUGUUGCAGACACAGUACCAACCUGGAACUCAGAGCAACAUGUUUUAACCAGGAAUAAUUAAAAAUAUGAAAUUAACCUUUUUCAAGCCUGCAGAAAAAUAAACUGUGGAAUAGAAGACCAUCCUCGUGCAAUAGCCUGCUGUGAAUUCCUUUCAUCUACUCUUGGUUUGGAUGGCAAGAAAAUCCCGUCUGGCUGCACGCUACCUCUCCUUUGCCAGACGUUGCUGACCAGCAGUUGGGAGCUUGAAAAACCUUCAGACAGCAUUUCACAUGGAGACUUUGGAAGUUUGUACUAACGGAGCUUUGUGACUGGGUCCUUUUUAUGAGGCUUGGAAAGGGUUAAAAUUUGUCAAAAUGACUUUUUAAAAUAUGUCAAACUUUUGUCUUUAAAGGUGCUAUUACAUUGACUACUGAAGCAGCCUUUGGAAUUGUGUUUUCUGUAUAUAGACGUCACCUUUGUGAAUUUUCUAUAAAGGAGCAUUAUUAAAAAAAAAAAGCAAACAAAAAUAGGAAAACAAAAGUUUCCAUAAAACAUUUUUCUAGAUUAUGGCUUUAAAACACAAAAUAAACAAAAAUCCUCCCCCCUUGUCCCCAAAUGAAAUGUGACUAACAUUACGGUGGGGAGAGAGAGAAGCAAGAGCAGAUGUCCUGGAAAGUUCUGGGUUCCUUUUUUGUAAAGAAACACUUUGUAAGCUGGGGAAGAUGGGGAAAGAAAUGUUUCAUAGCCGGGAUGUUUCUUACCGUUAGUUCUCUUAAAGACAUGUGAUAGUUACGUGCAUUUCUGCCGUGUCACCAGGAAGGGGCUUCGGGAAGAAAUGGCCAGGUUUUGGUCAUUCUUGUCAUCUUCCUUCCCCAUCUUUGCCAUUACAGUUGCUUUCUAGUUAAAAAUCAGCAUGGCUUUCAGUUACAAUACGCCACUUGGUUUUGGCAAGUGUUCUGUUGCUGCUUCUUGUGUUAGUUCCUUUAUGAGCCAUACCCCUUCCCCACUGCAGGCUGGAGCGACGAGGGAUUGCUCUGGCUCUCCAGUAGGCAUGCCUCCCAUAGGAACUUUAUUCUUUUCUUUGUCUUCUCUUUUUGGUUUUUUUUUUGUUUUUUUCAAGUUGUGUUCCUUACAGUUGUGAGAAUCAUUCCAUGACAGAAGCCUGGGAGGUGUUUGUAUGUUUUUCUUUUGUCCUAUUAAAGAAGAAAUUCCCCAAACAUCUCUGAUUGUUGUGACAUCCUUUACUUAAGUGAAGACUGAGCCUUUGAGCUACUCCUGGGGAGGAGGAAUGCAAGCCCUUCAUUUGAUUGGACUCAGUUCGCUGAGAAUUGAACAAGCAUUAAAGGCAAAAACAAAUCCUAAAUAUUGAGUGGGCAGCUCCCACUUGAGCACUUGAAAAGAACCUCCAUUUGAAGAACUGUUACGGAGCAGCGUUUUGUAAAAGCCUGAUCCCAAACCCUGCCGAAGUCACUGGAAAGUCUUCCACUCUCCUUGGAGGACCUCUGUCAAUUCAGAGGGACAGAAAAAGACAGCCCUAGUACGGAGCUGGGAUGGGGACGUGGCUUCCACGGUGUCUGGGUGAAGGGGGGCAAGGGUACAUCGUACCACUCACCUCAAUGCCUUGGCCUGGCAGAAGCCGCUGUGAGAUAGAGCUAUCCAGAAUGCUGCACAGCAAACUUUUCCACUUAAUUCCCUGAAAUUACUGGACAGAGACAAUAUUCUUUCCUUUUUUUUUUUAUUUAAGCCCCUUUGCUCUGUGGAGAGGUUUUCAAGCAACGCUAUAGCUAGAUCUUUAAGGGAAUAAGUGGGAAGGAUUUGUGGGCUAGCAGAUGGUAGAUUAGCAUCUUAAGAGACUCGAUGGGUAUUAAACUGCCCUAGUGAAAGAGUGGAGAUAGAAUAAAGCAAUUUUUUUUAAAAUUUUUAUUUUUGUUCUCCCUUGAGAGAAUUGGAGUUCCUUUUAUUUCUUACUGCCUCUGCUACGGGUUAUUUUCUUUGUGUGUGCGUGUCUGUGCACGCGUGUGUGUAUGUAAGACAUUUGAAACAGGUUUUUUUUUAUUUCUGAGUUUUUGAUGUUUUCAAUAGAAUAAAAAACAAACUGAGACUAAUAAAAGUUUUAAAAAUUGGCAAGGUUCUUAAAAGCCUCGGUUGUUACUCCUACAUAGCUGUCUCCUGUCGGUUAAGACAUGAUUUAGUAGAAAACUUGCUUGUAUAAAAAAAUAAGAAUGUUGCCAGGCCACAAGAGAAAUAUUUAAAGCAACUGCAAGAGAAUUUGAACAGCAGAGGAUUUUUUUUGGAGGUGGGAGGGGAAGGGUGGGAUGGGAUGAGUAGUGGUGGGCAAUGGGGAAUUUCCUCUGCAUGUUAAAGUCCUGACUGAAAUAGCACCAUUGCUGUAUUCAUAUGUAGUACCUUUUUAAAAUACUAUUUAUAUUGUAAAAACAAAGUGUGUUUCCUCACCCCAUAUUCAGACGAUGAGUUAUGUUUAAAUGUGAACCUAGAACUGUAGAAUGCCCUUCCAUGUUGGAGGGGCUCUCCCUUUUUGUUCAUUUUUAAAUCCCGCCUCUUGGUUUAGAAUGACUUGUGCAGAUUAUCUAUAAUGACCAUAUUGAUGGCCUCUGUGCAUCAGACUAUUGAAAAGGAAAUAGGAAAUGCGCAUUCCUACCCUCCCCUUCCUCCAGUGAAAUAUAUUUGUAAGUGUCUGAUUAUGUGCUAUAAAAAUAAUGAUUUUUUUUUACCCUCCCCCUAGAUUAAGGAUGUGAUGUAUUUUUUGCAUAUUUUUUCCUCUGCCUCUAGGUUCAUGAUGAAUUAAAGGCUGUUGAGCACUUCAGAAUUA